AUGGGCGUGGCUCGACAUGUCACGCGGCGCUUUGAUGGAACAACCUCACCUUUGUCCCUGUGUCCUAGAGGCCAUUUGGCGCUCACGAGGGUCCCGGACCUCACCAUCUGCCUGGGUUCUAAGGUCACCCCCGCGCCCACUGCUCCACACCGGGUUGUUGCGGACCCUCGCCCCCUGUUGAUCAGCUCUAGUGCAGCGUGUUGUUUUGCUGCAGCGUUCAGUCCGUCUGCGGCGAGUCUGAGCGGCUCCGAGGGCAGCGAGCGGGGCAGGACCUGGCUGGAAAACACCUCAUCGACUCGCUGUCUGUGUAUCGAUGGGCCUCGCAGGGGGCCGCUCCCACAGCUUGAAAUCCGGCAGCUUUUAGGCUCCGGCUGUGGCCCCAGAGUCGGUGGGAAAUGUCAAUGA